CUCGCUGCGCCGGAAAAACGGAUGCAUCGCUCAGCGGCAUGACUUAACGCCCAUUCAGCGCGCGUAACACAUGCUUUAAUCCAAAACAGAAAAACUCACGUUGCGUUGUCUUAAAAAAAGAUCACACUGCAUAAGCACCUGCAAACGCCGUAAACCGACGUGCAUGCAUAUAUACACACUAUUCAAUCGAAGAUGAAGCAAUCACUCCUUUAUUUGCUCCUUCUGUCCUUCCUUUCCGUCGCGAAACAGGACGAUGAUGCAUUCAUCGAACUGGACGAACAAGAAGUGAAAAAUAAAUUCAGCAUCCGUGUCUUGCGAGGGUCUUCUCUGCGGUGCGGCCUAGACCUUCGGGAUGAGGCCGACAUUGAAAUGAGGACCUUCUCCCCGGGGGUGUAUAUAAUGCCUCACAUACUAUCGGACUACCAAUUUGGCUACGCCCAACAGAAAAUUAUAGUCGGCGAACACAACGUCACUCCCUUAAAUGAGGGACUGAGAGGAAUGUGCGUUGGCGAGCUAAGACGAGUUGGCAUCCCCGUUGGUGGCAUCGGCAAGGUGUACUAUGAAAUUACCUUGAAGGACUACACAAAGGGAACCCCCCCAAGAGACGAGCUGUAGAAGACCCGAUCGCGUUUCCUUUGUAAAUGUGCAGUUGGUGUAACACAAAGUAGGAGUAUAUCCACGUUUUCAUGUGUAAUACGUCUGUGCGGGGAGGAAAUCCCCAACUGUGCCAAUUCUCAGUGAGCCCUACCUUCAUGCACACGAUUGAUUAUGUAUGCAUGUGUAAUGUGCUCCUCCCCU